AUGGGUAAAGCUCAGUCAUUUGUUUACCUAAAACCGGCGAACCUUGUUCUUAGGCAAUCUAACAAGGUCACGUCCAAUGUCAAUAAUGGCCUUACGGGCCAGCAUGGUAAGAGAUCAUCGCCAAUGCUUCGGGUAAAUCUCAGCAAGUUCCCUAGUUUCAUAGGCCACAGCUCCAGUAGAAUAAAUCGAAGGACCAACGAGGAUACUUAUUCCAUAAAUAUGUUGAAACUACCUACUUCCGGAUCAGAGUUGAGCUGUAUACGAAACAAGACCAUAGCGGACAAGAAGAGCCACUGGGAGACUCAAUUACCGCUUAAGAAGUCGGUACUGAAUUUGUCAGUUUUCGACGGCCAUGGGGGCGACCGCGUGUCGAAGUUGCUGUCUAUGCAACUUCACAAUGAAGUUGUAGCGACGCUUCCAUCUCGAGAGGCAUUUUUCAAGCUACUAGGACAAUACAAAGAUGUGGUGGGUGGAGAAUACUGGGAAAAGAUAUAUGAUAAGCGGGAACAAUACUUCGAACGGUUCAUCGCAAACUGUAAUACAAAACAAGAACAGGUUCUCUUUGAAUCGGGAAAGUCCGGAUCUCGCAUGCUUUUCGAUUCUUGGGGCAACAUCAUCGACAAGACAAGUCUUCUUUCCGAAAAUGAACGCCUACGCCUCUUUAGCUCGUAUCUGAAUUUCGACUUCAAAUAUUGUUGCAAUGUCAACAAUGUAUCAGAAAAUGACAAGGUAGACGGUAUUCCUGUUGGCGGGUCCACAGCGUCUAGCAUUUUCAUAACCUCAUAUCACGAAGAAGCGUCAUUCGAUGAAUCAUUUUUCAUCAGUCCAGAAGGCUUGUUGAAACUAGUAGUUACACAAGUUGGUGAUACAAAGAUUGUCCUUUGUGAUAAAAACGGCAUCGCUCAUAGUUUAACAAGGAUGCAUCAUCCAUCCUCAUCUCGUGAAUCAAAACGGUUGGGGAUGGGCUUUCAAACAGACUCUUUUGGAGAUACCAGAUUUCUUGCCAAUUUCGCAAACACUAGAUCGUUUGGUGAUUCUGUAGGAAAGCAAGAAGGACUCUCCUGCGAGCCUGACAUCUAUUCAUACCUUAUUGGAAAUACGCGAUCACUGCCCCACUCGGAAAUCAGCAAGCUUCAAUUCGGAGGAGACGAAUGCUUCGUUUGCCUAAUUACUGAUGGAGUUUCCGACUUACUAAGUGACCAGGAACUUGUCGAUCUCAUCACCAGUACUGUCAACUUGCGAGGUCUAAAGAAGGCUACUCCCCAAUUUGUUAGUGAAGAAGUUGUACGAUUCAUUGCGGCUAUAGGUGGUAGACACGCUGAUAACGCUACAUGUCUGGUAUUACGGUUACCAAAUUGGGGCAACUGGCCCUCGAUAGACCGCACUGGCGCCAUCCGCGAAGAGAAAUUAAUGGCAGGAUCCAGCGGAAGUGAUCGAUCGAACGUUUAA